AUAUAAGUCAGGCAGCUGCUAGAGCUUGCUUCUGUGAGAACCUAAUAAAGUGUUGUUUAUUCUACUCCGUGUCUUCAAUGCCUCGCUGUUCCCACUACACAACAGUGGUGAUGAGGAUGGGAUUAGGCUGCUAGGAAGAAGAGAGCUAAGUCACUAAAGGGGUAAGACCAGGCAUCAGUGCUCUGAUUAGAACAGCGUUCCCUCCUUCUGCCUGCCAGUACACAAACGCUGGAGGUAUCGCCUUCCUAUUGUCCCUAGAAAACUCACAGAAGCCCUAGCAGCAUAAGGCAUUGGAAUCACAGCAAUAGCUAACUAUAGCCAAAGUAGGCAAACUUUCAGAGUUCAACGUGACGCACCCUGAACGGUGGAGUUUGUACAUCUCAUGAGUAGAGAACUAUUUCAGAGCAAAUCAAGUAAGAGAAAACAAUUUAAAAGCUGCAACCUUGUUGUGCAAGCCACCUUUGAUAUAGCCAAGAACUUCAUUGCUCCUGCUUCAUUGGAGUCAGUUACCUUUGCUGAUUUGAAACGAAGACUCAAGGAGCACUUUGAAUCAGGUCUGUCCAUUAUUGCCUACAGACAUGCAUUUGAGAUGAGAGAGCAGCAGCCAGGUGAAACCAUUGCUGAAUUCAUGGCUGCCCUAUGCCAAGUGUCCCGGCUCUGCGAGUUUCCCAACCUAGAGGACAGGCUCUGGGACCGACUAGUGUGUGGCCUGAGAAGCAGGGACUUACAACAGAGACUGCUCGCUAAAGAGACCCUGACAUUCCAGGACGCACUGAAAGAAGUGAUGGCAGAAGAGGUUGCAGAUGGAGCCAUCAAGGCUUUACAUUCCUCAAAGAAUUUCCCCAGCCAGAUGGCUGUGCAUCACGAAGAAUCAGAGAGAACUAAAGACCCAGACAUUGACAUUGAGAUCGACCGGGUGCAGAAGAUCCCAGAAAGAAGGCAGCGGCUGCUUGACAAGGCAGUUCCCUUCCUAGCUGUCUUCGCUGUGGUAGACGACACCAGCCCUCAGAAUGCCGGUUCCACGCAGCUGUCUGCCGAGCAUGUGGCAAACAAGGCCACAUUGCUACCAUCUGUAAAGGUCACCAGAGGGAAUCACCAUGCGAAGAAUCCCCCAGAAGAGGCAUUACCUAUACUUGCAACUCAUGCUCCAUUUAAACAAUGGGAAAGGGAUCUUUCCAAAUUCAUAUGGCAAGGAGAAAAAACCAAGAAUUAGAUACAAAUUAUUGCAAGAUGCUAAGGAAAGAGGGGGUUUGGGCCUACCGGAUCUGAAAUUGUACUUUGAUGUCUGGCUUGGCUAAAAGAGUGGAAAACAUUUGGAACAAGAGACUAUUUAGUUUGGAAGGUCAUGAAUUAAGGUUUGGAUGGCACAGUUACCUAUGGUAUGAUAAAGCUAAAGACAAUAUGGAUUUUAACAAUCACUUUGUUAGACGUGCCAUACUAAGAUUUUGGAACCAAUACAAAACAAGAUUUUCUACGACGUUGCCUCUUUGGAUAUCCCCACAGGAAGCUUUUUUAAGAAAAGAAAUGGUCACAAAGCCAGACUGAUGGACUUAUGAUAAAAUGAUACUUUUCAAUUCUGGGAACCCUACCCUCAAGUCGAGGGAAGAGUUAGAGUCAGAGGGCUAUGUUUGUCAUUGGUUUGUAUGUCAACAAUUGAAAGAUUUAAAUUAGGUGAAAAGAGUUAUGGGUUUAACUUUGUUAAAAAUGAACUGGAAGUUUUAUUAUGUGGUAGUGAUGAAAGUAAUAUUGCUAAGGUUGAUAAAAUGUUAUUGAAAUUGAACUUGGAAAGUGAACAUGUAAAACAUUGUAUGAUUCAGUGAGUAAGGAAUUUUGGAUAUAAUGUGAUGCUGGAACAAUGGGAGAACAUGUGGAGGAAAAGCUUAAAAUUUAUAUUGAAUUAUAAUUUAAAAGAAAAAUUUUAUAAGAUGAUGUACCACUGGUAUUUAACACCAGAUAAGUUAUCUAGAAUAACUUAAAGAUAUUUCAAAUGAAUGUUGGAAAUGUAAAUGUAAAGAAGGGACCUUUUACCAUGAGAUAAAGCAAAAGAAAUAUUGGAGUAGGAUUUAUAUCCUAUUAUAGAAAGAUAAAGAUAAAGAUGAAACCAGAAUUUUUUCUUCUGGACAUAAUCAAAAAAGACGUAGAAAAGUUUUUGGGGAACUCUGAUUUUAUAUAUGUCAAUGGCAGCAUGACUAUUAUAUGCACAAAAAUGGAAGGACAUUUUGAUCCCUACUAUGGAUGAAUGGCUACAGAAGUUGAUGGAAUUGGCAGAGAUAGCUAAAUUGACUGUUUUAAUUAAAGAAAAGAAUGUAAGUAUUUUUGUUUCCACAUGGAGUGGAAAAGUGGAAAAAAUGAAAACUUUGAUCUUGGGAUUUACUGAUUAGAUUGAUUUGUUGUUAUAGAAAUGGCUAGUUUAUACUACUAUCGAAAAGUAAAAAGUGGAGGUUCAGUGUUAAUGCUUUAUUCUACUGCAACAGAGGAAGUCGGAAGUCAAUGCUCUUUUUUUCUUUCUCCCCUCUUUCCCCUCACUUCUUUUUCCCUUUUCCUUCCCCAUUGGGUCCUA